GAACCCGCACGCAUGUCGCACGGUCAGGCGCUAGCAGUCCUCUGCGCUUGCGCGCUCGUCAGCGCCGCCGCGGAACCCGCGCCACCUAGGAGGUCCGAUAUUAAAGUACUGAUGCUUUCUUCAUUUGUUUCAGAGUCCAAAAUUUUACAAGACCAGACGAUUGCUGUGAGAAGAAUGCCUAUUGCUUAUUUUUAUCCAUUCAGUCUUUGGCCUUUGCCGAGAUAUCCUAAUAGAGCUGUAAGACUUCUCGAAGCGAAUCCAGAUGUGAAAAGGUUGUAUGAUGAUUUGCUUAGUAAUUACAAUCGCUUGAUCCGACCUGUCACUAAUGUUAGUGACAUAUUGACGGUCAGAUUAGGUUUGAAGCUAUCGCAAUUGAUGGAAGUCAAUUUGAAGAAUCAAGUUAUGACAACUAAUUUGUGGGUGGAACAGAAAUGGUUUGACUACAAGCUGCAAUGGAAUCCAGAAGACUAUGGAGGUGUUGAAAUGCUUUACGUACCAUCAGAACAUAUUUGGCUUCCAGAUAUCGUGCUCUAUAAUAAUUGGGAUGGAAAUUACGAGGUGACCUUAAUGACGAAAGCGACAUUAAAAUACACAGGCGAAGUGAACUGGAAGCCGCCAGCUAUUUAUAAAUCUUCCUGUGAGAUUAACGUAGAAUACUUUCCCUUUGACGAGCAGACUUGCUUCAUGAAGUUCGGAUCUUGGACGUACAAUGGAGCUCAGGUAGAUCUAAAACAUAUGGAUCAGUCACCUGGCAGCAGUCUCGUGCACGUUGGUAUUGAUUUGAGUGAGUUCUACUUGUCAGUAGAAUGGGACAUAUUGGAAGUGCCUGCGACUAGGAACGAGGAGUAUUAUCCUUGUUGCCCUGAACCUUUCUCCGACAUAACAUUCAAGCUGACGAUGCGUAGAAAGACAUUGUUCUACACGGUGAAUCUAAUCAUACCGUGCGUCGGUCUCACAUUCCUAACAGUACUGGUAUUUUACUUGCCCUCAGAUUCCGGAGAAAAGAUUUCGCUCUGCAUCUCCAUCCUGGUGUCCCUCACUGUGUUCUUCCUUGGUCUGGCGGAGAUUAUCCCGCCAACGUCCCUGGCGAUCCCUUUGCUUGGGAAGUAUCUACUGUUCACCAUGAUACUCGUGUCGCUCAGCGUAUGGGUCACUGUUUGCAUUGUAAACGUCCAUUUCAGGUCACCAUCAACGCACACGAUGUCUCCGUGGAUGAAGAAGCUGUUCCUCCAGCUGAUGCCGAAACUGCUGAUGAUGCGGCGUACCAAGUACUCAUUGCCCGACUACGAUGACACCUUCGUGUCUAAUGGAUACACCAAUGAGUUGGAGAUGAGCAGGGACAGUCUGACAGAUGCGUUUGGCGAUAGCAAAAUUGACAACGGCGAUUACCGCAAAUCUCCUGGCCCCGAAGAUGAUAUUCUUGGAGCGAGCGCUCACCAGCGGCCUUCUGUAACGGAAUCGGAGAACAUGCUUCCUCGCCACCUGUCUCCUGAGGUAGCCGCCGCGUUGCAGAGCGUGCGUUUCAUUGCCCAACACAUUAAAGACGCCGACAAGGAUAACGAGGUCGUUGAAGAUUGGAAAUUCAUGUCUAUGGUCCUAGAUCGGUUUUUCCUCUGGUUGUUUACUAUCGCUUGCUUCGUGGGUACUUUCGGUAUUAUCUUCCAGUCUCCAUCAUUAUAUGACACUCGAAUGCCAGUCGAUCAACAGUUAUCUUCUAUACCAAUGAAGAAAAAUAACUUCUACUAUCCCGCAGAUGUUGAAACUAUCGGAAUUAUCAGUUAAAUAAAACAUGGAAUGGUUCCUACGUAAAUAUUCUUAUUUACGUAAAGGACAGAACUUUAUACAUUCUUUCUGUAAAAUUUGAUUUUACACUUUGUAGAUUUUGUCAUCCCUUUCAUUUACUUUGACAAA